UGGUUUUCAUUUCAUUGAUGAAUCUGACAACAUGCGUUUUUGUUUUUAUUUCAUGUAGACCGAGACGCGACGAAAAAAAUUUUUUGGGAUAACUCUAAAUAUGAUGAUGACACGUGUUAGAAUUUUCUAGCUCUUCUCAGAACAGCCUCGUCACGUAGAUUUUUUGUUGUGAUCAUAGUUAGUAUUCUGGUUUAAAAUGUGCAUAAAUUAAAAUAGGCUAAUUUUUAUGUUUGAAAUUAUCAACAUUGUCAGCUCUGAUCCGGCUGUCUGUCAAAUAUUAAAUUGCUCACGAUGUCUUCCGCGGUUUUCAUUCUCUUUGGUGGAGCUUUACUCUUUCUAUGUCACCCGGCUACUUCUGAAGUUUUCACAGCUAUCGUGGAUCUAGAAAAGCUGCUUUAUACUGAAGGGGAAAUCAUCAAAACGAUAGAUAAAUAUAUUGAGAUGGAAGAAAAGCGAUUGCAAGAAAUAAAAAAGUUAAAAGAUGAGUAUGGCAGACUUCAUCAGAUUGCAUCUGUAGAUUCACAAUCAUUCCUAGAAAAUCCUAUCAAUGCAUUUUUGUUAGUAAAAAGGCUGAGUACUGAUUGGAAGUUAGCUGAGUCCUUGAUGUUGAAAAGUGCUGGAAAAGCAAUGAUUGAGAAUAUUACUCAGACUAGAGGGGAUCUUAAGUUUCCAGAAGAUGAAGAUCUUACUGGAGCUGCUGAAGCAUUACUUAGAUUACAAGAUACUUAUAAAUUGGAUACUUCCACUUUGGCUCGUGGACAGAUUUCAGGAACAAAACCAUCUCAUGAGUUAACAGCUAAUGACUGCUUUGAACUGGGAAGGCAAUCAUACAAUAAUGGAGACCAUUACCAUACAAUUUUAUGGAUGCAAGAAGCUCUUGAUAGAGUUGAUGAAGAGACAAAUAAAACAGUUGACAAAGCUGAUAUUCUAGAAUAUCUAGCAUUUUCUACUUACAUGCAAGGGAAUACUCGUCAUGCUCUGAAACUGACAAAUGAUUUGCUUGAACUUGUUCCAAAUCAUCCUCGUGCUGCUGGAAAUCGAGCUUAUUAUGAAGAUGCCAUCAGAAAUGCAGCUCAGAUGAAAAGAGGAGAUGAUGGGGAUGUUCCAUUAGUUGGUGAUGUAAAUUAUUCUGAAUCUACCAAAGCAGAUACUGAACUAUCUGAGAGAGAACAAUAUGAGAGACUAUGUCGCUCAGAAUCCACCAUAAGUUUUGAAGAACAAAAAAAUCUUAAAUGUGAUUAUUUUACCAAUGGCCAUCCUUACUACAUCCUUCAACCUGUUAAACGAGAAAUAGUAUUUAAAGCUCCAAAAAUUUUCAUCUUUCAUGACAUUGUGACUGACAAAGAAAUUGAAGUUGUCAAAUAUUUAGCCCUACCUAGACUGCAAAGAGCUACUGUUCAGAAUGCUAAAUCUGGAGAACUGGAGUAUGCAAAUUAUAGGAUUAGCAAGAGUGCUUGGUUAAAAAAUGAAGAACAUCCAGUUGUUCAUAAAAUAUCUCAAAGAGUAGAAGAUGUAACUGGUCUUACUGUUUCGACUGCCGAGGAACUUCAAGUUGUUAAUUAUGGUAUUGGAGGACAUUAUGAACCUCAUUUUGACUUUGCUAGAAGGGAAGAGACAAAUGCAUUCCAGAGUUUAGGAACAGGAAACAGGAUAGCAACCUGGUUACUUUAUAUGAGUGAUGUUGAUGCUGGUGGUGCCACUGUAUUUCCACAAAUUGGUGUCACUUUGCAUCCCAAAAAGGGAGCUGCUGCAUUUUGGUAUAAUCUUCAUAAAAGUGGAGAGGGGGAUAUGUUAACUAGACAUGCUGCAUGUCCUGUUCUAGCAGGCUCAAAAUGGGUUUCAAAUAAAUGGUUCCAUGAACGUGGACAAGAAUUUCGACGACCAUGUGGAUUGCGUGAAAAUGACUAAAUUCUUCUUCAAGUACUAUGUAACCAGAUUAAUUAUAUUCUCUAAUCAUACUCGGAGUUCUUCUAGCUUUUAUUUUGUUAUUUUAUUUGAGAUUUUACUAGAAAGACUUUUAAACAUUGUUGUAAAUUUUUAUCGUAUUCAUAAUAUGUUGAAUGUGUGUGAUCUUUGUGAAGUUUUACUUGUGCCAAAUUAUUUUUAAAAAAAUGGUCAUGAAAUACUGAAAUAUAUGCUACUAGCAUUAUAUUGAUCCUUAAAAAGCUUUAAUUUUAAUGUUUUGUUUACCUUGAUAUUUAUGAUCUUUCUGUUUUAGUUUGCUUUUGUGCCAUUUUAUGUUGAUUACUAGAUUAAAAAAAUAUUUAUUUAUAGUUUCAGAUGUCUGCAUAAAACUUGGUGCCAUUAUUUUUAUUAUAUAUAUAAAAAAAUUUAUUGAUUGGUUGUUGUUUUCUCAUAUAGAUGUAAAUCUUUUAAAUAUUAUUUUAUUCUUCUAAAUCAAAAGAUUUUCAGCUUAGUUUAUUAUUAUAUUAAUAAUUUUUUUAAGUACAAACAAAUUAAAAUUUGUUUUCAUUUAAGAAAGGUUGUAUAAAAAGUAUUAUAACACUUUUAAAAGUGAUUUAUUUUAUUUAAUAUUUUAUGUUAAGAGCAUGGUCUUCCAUUUUAUCUUUUCUGUUUCAAAUUUGUUAAAUGUAUUGACUUUUGUUAUUUGUCUAGUUGUCAAUAUGCAAUUACUUACUGGCAUCUUGAAAUUAUAUGGUAUUUUAAUCUUGUCGCUUUUGAUAAUUGAUAUAUGAUAUGAGAAUUUAGUAUUCAUUGUUUUUAGUAUUAGGAUUAUCACUACCAGAAUCAUUACUCAUUAGAGUGAUAUAAAAUAAUUAGCCUUUCUGUUUGUGUUCUUUUUUCACAACUCCAAUUAUAGGAAGAAAAAAAUAUGUUGCUCUUAUUUUAUGCUAUCAUUUUAAAAGCAGCUUUCUCCUUUUCAAGAAUGUUUUCUAAGAACAUAUUUAUAAAAUUACUUCAUGUUCAUAGAAGUCCAUUUCUGCUUAUGUUUCUCUUUUCACAAUCCUAUUUCUUUGUGAGGAGAAAAAUUGUUGCUUUUAUUUUGAAUGAAAUACAAAACAACAAAUUUUAUUCUGAAAAUAAUGUAUAAUAUUUUUUUCCCUUAUAUCUUUCUUGAAUGUUUUUGAAGAAAAAUGCAUUUAUAAAAUUUUGCAUACUCGAACAAAGCGCCAUACUAUAUUCAAGCCAUGCUGCAUUUGAUUCCAAGAAUUCUAAAUGCUUUUCACUUAUGUAUAUUAUAAAUGGAAUAGCAAGAUUUUUAUUAUAAAGUUAUUUUGCAAAAAGAUAUUCUAAUCAUGUUAUUUUUUAUUUAAAAUAGCAUUAAAAAGAAUUAAAUUUAUGCAUUUAUUUCUAUUCUGCUGCUAUUUACUUUAAUACUCUUACUUACAUAUUUAUAUUACUUUCUUUUUAUUUCUAUUAAAGUAUUUUUAUUACUUAUAUCAUGCAGUUAUAUAUUUAAAUACUCACAUAUGAUAAUUAUAAUUAAUUUGUUUCAAGUGAAUCUACUUAUUAUAAUAUUAAUUUUCAUUUUGCAAUGUAGUGCAUUUAAUUUUACUUAUUUUCAUAUUAAUUGUCUUUAAUUUAUUAGUGCAGUAUUAAUAUUGUUCAAUAUUAAACAUUUGUAUCACACAUAACAUCUAGAGCUUAUUCAUAUAUUGUAUUUUGGGCUUGAAUAAUCAGCAUUUACUUACCAUAACUGGCAGUGUGGAUUCAAGUCAUCCAUAAUUAAAUACAAGCCCAAAAAACAGUUUCACUUUUUAAUAGUGCCUUCUAUAUUUAUUUCGUUGAACUUAAACAUUUGAAUAUUCAAUGAAAUCGCCUCUUUUAAGUUUUUAUCUUGUGCUCUUUAGAAUAAAAGGUUAGAAUUUAAAGCUUUUAAGAAUUUUAUUUAUGCUAUUUGUUUGCUACUUCUAAGUUGCUUGUUUGAAGUUUAUAAAUUAAGUUUAAUUUUUGAACAAUGAUCAAAUCCUGAUAGAGAUAGAAAUGUAAAUUUAGAAAAAUCCAUUAAAAUUUAUAUUUGUUGUGACUAUCAUUUUAAGAUGUAUUUCUUGCAAAUAUUUACAUAUCACAAAAUCAACUUUGUUAUCCUCUCCUCAAAAUUACCUUUUUACUGUUAUCCAUGGAAGCUAUAUUUAUGUUUCGCAGCUAUCAAUAAACUUACUUUUUUGUAUCAAG